UUGCCUUCACUCAACUUCUCUCUCUCUAAAUUGCAAGCCAAGUCUUCUUUCCUGCUUUUUUGAGGUCCCUCUUUCACAUUCACAGAACCCCACAAAAACAAUUAACCCACCAAAGCUUUUAUGAAGAGAAAAAAAAAAACAGCCUUUCAAAAAAAAAUAAUAAUAAUAGUAAAGUGUAUUUGUUCUUGUGAAGAUUAGAUUUUUGUCUGGUUUUGUUGAGUAAAUUCUUUAAAUAUUGGCACUAUAAUUAUUAUUAAUUUCUUGAGUUCUUUUGGCCCACUGCAGGCCACACCUUCUACUUGUAAACUACUCCUCCUGAGCUGCUUCACUUUUUGUUAGCUAUUUUAUAUUUUAUUUUAUUUUUUUUCCUGGCUGUUGUGGGAUUCUUGUAUCUCUUCUCCGCAUUGGGACCAUAUCUAUGCUCAUUUGGGCUCCGAUUACACAGAAGACCCUUUCUUUGCUUUAUUGAUUACCAAGAAAGAAGAUCGAGGGUGUUAAGUUCAGAUCAUUUGCAAAGGAGUAUAUGGAUUGAGCUUGAGUCGGGAUCGUAAGGAACAAAGCAUAAUUGUUUCUACAGUACAAUUUAGGGGAGAUGUCUUCCGGAAAUUUAAAUACUGAAUUAUCGAAGAAGUAUGGGAAUGUGAAACUAUGGGUUUUGAUCUGUAUAUGUAUGGGUGCAUUUAUAGUUUUGAUUCUUGGUAUCUUAUCAAUGUGGGUCAUUUUUUGGAGAAAAUCUCGGAAAACUUUCAACAUGUACUCCUUUUGCCAAAUCCCUAACGUUUCAAAGGACAUCCGAGUUGACAGCAUUGGGGAACAAAGUAUGCAUGAUCACCCUGAAAGUUUAAUUUUGACUGUCAACGAUAAAUCAAGUGAUAAGAAUUCAGAGAAGAUGUUAGUUCAUUUGGGUAGGAGCAAAUCAAGCGAUGUUGAUAAUAGUAGCCAGUGCAGUUCAAUGUAUCAUCAUGAAAGGGCGGGUAGUUCUCACUCAGGAGAAGAAGGUAGUUCUGUGGCUGCCCAAAAACAAUCUUCAAUGUCAUAUGGGCUCGUGAUGGCAUCUCCUUUAAUUGGUUUGCCUGAAACAUCUCAUCUUGGGUGGGGUCAUUGGUUCACACUUAGAGAUCUCGAAAUUGCAACAAAUCGGUUCUCGGCAGAUAACAUUCUAGGGGAAGGUGGUUAUGGGGUUGUGUACCAGGGCAGACUGGUUAAUGGAACAGAUGUAGCAGUUAAGAAGCUUCUUAAUAAUCUUGGCCAAGCAGAGAAAGAAUUUAGUGUUGAAGUAGAGGCCAUUGGUCAUGUUAGACAUAAGAAUCUUGUGCGGCUUCUUGGCUAUUGCAUAGAAGGAGUUCACAGGAUGUUGGUAUAUGAGUAUGUCAACAACGGCAACCUGGAGCAGUGGCUUCAUGGGGCUAUGAGACAGCAUGGCACCCUUACAUGGGAAGCCCGUAUGAAAGUUCUGCUUGGAACAGCGAAAGCGCUUGCUUAUUUGCACGAAGCUAUUGAACCAAAAGUUGUUCACCGAGACAUCAAAUCAAGUAAUAUCUUAAUUGAUGAUGAGUUCAAUGCUAAAGUUUCUGAUUUUGGAUUGGCGAAGCUCUUGGGAUCUGGGGAGAGCCAUAUAACAACAAGAGUGAUGGGAACAUUUGGUUAUGUGGCUCCCGAAUAUGCAAAUACUGGCUUGUUGAAUGAAAAGAGUGACGUUUACAGUUUUGGUGUUCUGCUGCUUGAAGCUGUUACUGGUAGAGAUCCGGUGGACUAUGGACGUCCAGCUGUUGAGGUAAAUCUUGUUGAGUGGCUCAAAAUGAUGGUAGGGAACAGAAGAGCAGAGGAAGUUGUGGACCCUAACCUUGAAGUUAGGCCAACGACGCGCGCUUUAAAAUGUGCACUUCUGGUUGCACUUAGGUGCGUUGAUCCUGAUUCGCAGAAACGACCCAAAAUGAGUCAGGUUGUUCGAAUGCUCGAAGCUGAUGAAUUCCCCUACCGCGAGGAUCGGAGGACGAGAAAAAGCAGAACAACUAGCAUGGAAAUCGAAUCAAUGGAGGGGGGCUGCGGUUCUUCAGCUGACCAAGAAAGCAGCGGGGUAGGACAAUCAGAGAGCCAUACAUCUGAACAAAAGCUUGGAUAAGACUGACAGACUAAUCCCCCUUGGGUGAAUAAUUGCUUCUCACCCUUCUAGUGCUAUUCAAAUUUUCAAAAUUUGUUUCCCUAUAUGAAAGUCGAGUAAUUGAGAAAAAAGGGAUAUAGUCAGUUCUAAAUUCUUGAAUCAUCGGCAGCUCUUUCAGUGUGUUUGCUGUCGUCUAGUUGUAGUAGGAUGAGGGACGGUGCUAUAGAUAUAAACUAGGUGAGGAACCAGAGAAUGUUUGUCUGCAUGUACAGAUUUGAUUUGUGGAUUAAUAGCUCGUCUUGAAAACUUAUUAUGAUCAUAAUUUUUGCUAUCUUUUUCGGAA